CUUACUGAAGGGUGCAUUUUGAAACCCUAACUGAAGGGUUUUUUCCGCCAAUUUUCUCCCUCAAAAAAUCAACCCAUUUCUCCGCUCACUAUAAAUAGCACUUACAUUUUCCUUAUAUCGUUGAUCGUUCUUUGCCUAUUGUGGAGGCUUCAUGACCAGGCUUUUUUCCUACUAAGCUUACCAAAUUUCAACACGAUUCUGUUUCUGAUUCAUAUAAGCCGUCAAGAUGUCAAGAAAGAUGUUGCGUGAUGGUGAUGUGGAUGAUUCUAUGAUAAAAGGCGAGUAUGAUUAUGAUUUAUUUGUUAUUGGAGCUGGUAGUGGAGGUGUUCGAGCUGCUAGGUUCGCAGCUGGUUUUGGAGCUAAGGUUGCAAUAUGUGAACUUCCAUUUGAUCCUAUCAGCUCGGAGGUGAUUGGAGGAGUAGGUGGAACGUGUGUUAUUCGUGGUUGUGUACCAAAGAAAAUUCUAGUGUAUGCGGCAUCAUUUGGAGGAGAAUUUGAGGAUGCAAAACAUUUUGGAUGGGAAAUUAAUGAGCCAGUUGAAUUUAACUGGAACAAGCUUUUGCAUAACAAGACAAAGGAAAUAAACAGGUUAAAUGGAAUUUACAAAAGAUUAUUGUCCAAUUCUGGUGUGACAUUGUUAGAGGGUGAGGCGAAGUUGGUGAAUUCUCAUACGGUUGAGGUUACACAAACUGAUGGUACAAAAAAACAGUAUUCAGCUAAGCAUAUAUUGAUUGCAACUGGUAGCAGGGCUACACGUCCACCUAUUCCUGGCCAGGAGCUGUCUAUUACCUCUGAUGAGGCAUUGAGCUUGGAUGAAUUACCGAAGCAUGCAGUAAUACUUGGUGGUGGGUACAUUGCUGUAGAAUUUGCUUCGAUUUGGAAAGGGAUGGGUGUAACUGUCGAUCUAUUCUACAGGAAAGAGCUUCCUUUGAGAGGAUUUGACGAUGAGAUGCGGGUAAUGGUUGCAAAAAAUCUUGAAACAAGGGGCAUCAGAUUGCAUCCAGGCACAAACCUAUCCGAGUUGGUCAAAACAGAAGAUGGUAUCAAAGUUGUCACAGAUCAUGGAGAUGAAUUAACAGCUGAUGUUGUGCUAUCUGCCACUGGUAGACAUCCAAAUACGAAGAGAUUGAACUUAGAUGCUGUUGGUGUUGAACUUGAUAGGGCGGGAGCUGUGAAGGUAGAUGAGUACUCUCGCACCAGUGUCCCCAACAUAUGGGCUGUUGGUGAUGUGACCAACAGGAUAAAUCUCACUCCAGUUGCCCUAAUGGAGGCAACCUGCUUUGCGAAAACAGUUUUUGGUGGACAACCAAGUAAACCUGACUACAACCAUGUACCUUGUGCAGUGUUUUGCAUACCUCCUCUCUCUGUUGUGGGCCUUAGUGAGCAGCAAGCUGUAGAGCAAGCAAAGAGUGAUAUAUUGGUCUUUACAUCAACUUUCACUCCUAUGAAAAAUACAAUCUCUGGAAGGCCAGAAAAGACAUUGAUGAAGCUGAUUGUUGAUUCUGAGACAGAUAAAGUUCUUGGGGCAUCUAUGUGUGGCCCUGAUGCACCUGAAAUUACGCAGGGCAUUGCUGUGGCACUAAAGUGUGGCGCAACCAAAUCACAAUUUGACGAUACGGUGGGCAUUCACCCCUCAGCUGCUGAAGAAUUUGUGACAAUGAGAUCUGUUACGAGACGUGUCACUGUUGGUACCAAGGCGAAAACAAAUUUGUAAGUAAUAGGAUAAUUUGUUUGGGGAAUAUCAGCUCAUGCUUAUUUGAGGGGGACUAUCAAUAAAACAAUAUAAAGCCGUCAUAUUGUCGAUGAAUAAAAGUAUUUUAUAUUAUUUUUCAAGUGGGAGAUGUUGCUAUUAUUUUUUUAAAUACAAUGUUUAUGUGAUUAUUUGGUAGU